UCUAUUGAGAAGGUGGUUUAUACUUUGUAUUGAUAAAAAUAAGCAAAGCGACAGUAAUUUAAUUUGAAGAGAAGAGGUUACAUCACUUCUUUCUAAUUUGAUUUAAUAAUUAAAGAGCCGAAAAGGAGGGUGAAUACAGGAAGCAGAGGGAGGGGUUUACUGUCAUUUUGGGCACUGACUCCUGUUGAAUUCAGUGAGUACAGAAAAGUCUCUCUGAGUCCUCAGGUCUGGGGUUUAUGAUCAUUACUGGUUUUCUCUGCUGACUGUUGUUUGCAGAGGUGUGUGUGUGUGUAAGGAAUUAGAGGCAGCUCUGUCUAAGAAGCUUCAGUCUGCGAUCUGAAGAGUCCCUGUAGUUUUCUUCUGAAUAUCCUCUAUCAAGCAGCAGAGAUGGAGCGGAUGGAGGGCGAUAAGCCGAAGAAGAAGGUAACCUUUUACCUUCUUUACUGCGUUUCAACAGCAGUCAUCGGCUCGCUACAGUUUGGCUACAACACCGGGGUCAUCAAUGCACCAGAGCAGAAAUUGCGUAGGUUUUUCCAGAAUGUGUCGACGGAGCGGUACGGGGAGCCAUUCAGCUCAGGAACCAACACCAUGGUGUGGAGCUUUGCUGUGGCCAUCUUCAGUGUGGGAGGCAUGGUCGGGUCUUUCUCUGUCGGAGUCAUGGUCACCAGAUUUGGCAGGCGUAAGUCCAUGCUGAUAGCUAACUUCCUAGCUGUACUUGGCGGGGGUCUGAUGGGACUGUCGGCUGUGUGUAAAUCUUUUGAGUUGGUCAUUGUCGGCCGGUUGAUCAUCGGAGUGUUCUGCGGUCUGUGCACGGGACUGACACCCAUGUACGUGGGCGAGAUCUCUCCUACUGCUGUCCGAGGAGCCUUCGGCACGCUGCACCAGCUCGGUGUAGUUAUUGGCAUCCUGGUGGCACAGAUCUUCGGUCUGGAGUUUCUGCUUGGCUCAGACACUCUGUGGCCUGUGCUGCUGGCUCUGACUGUCCUGCCCGCCAUAGUGCAGAGCAUCAUGCUGCCCUUCUGCCCUGAAAGCCCCCGCUACCUGCUCAUUGUCCUCAACCAGGAGGAGGAGGCAAGGAAAGCGCUGGUACGUCUGCGUGGCUGUGAGGAUGUGAGCGAUGAUAUUCAGGAGAUGAAGGAAGAAGGGAUGAAGAUGGCCAUGGAGAAGAAAGUGACCAUCCCCGAACUCUUCCGCUCCCCAAACUACCGUCAACCGAUCAUCAUCGCUAUAGUCCUCCAGCUCUCUCAGCAGCUGUCUGGCAUCAACGCUGUGUUUUACUACUCCACAGGUAUAUUUGACACAGCUGGUGUUACUCAACCCAUCUACGCCACCAUAGGAGCUGGAGUUGUCAACACUGUGUUUACUGUUGUCUCUCUCUUCCUGGUUGAACGGGCGGGACGAAGGACGUUGCACCUGAUUGGUCUGGGUGGAAUGGCUAUCUUUGCCCUCAUUAUGACGAUCUCCCUGGUUUUGGUGAAGACCACGCCGUCUCUGAGCUACCUGGCCAUCGUGGCUGUGUUCGGCUUUGUUGCCAGUUUUGAGAUGGGUCCAGGUCCCAUUCCCUGGUUCAUUGUGGCUGAACUCUUCUCCCAGGGCCCCCGACCUGCUGCCAUGGCCGUCUCUGGUUUCUCCAACUGGACUGCCAACUUCCUGGUGGGGCUCGGUUUCCCUAAACUGGAGGAACUUUGUGGUCCUUACGUCUUCAUCAUCUUUACGGUCCUCCUCAUCCUGUUCUUCAUCUUCACCUACCUGCGAGUGCCUGAGACCAGAGGAAGGACCUUUGAUGACAUUUCUCAGGGAUUCGCUGCCAAUGCAGGGAAAUCCUCAACGGAGCCUGGGGCUUUGGUCACCGGCCUGACAGAGGGCAAAGAACCUGCACCCAUGUCUCCCACAGACAAGGUUCCCAUGAUGAAUCUUCCUUAGAGAGAAGAAGGAAGACUCAGGGUACACCACAGACACAAACAGGUUUUAAACACAUAGAUAUUGUAAGGAGUUAUAUUUCACAACACACAAAUGGUGAAAGAGCAGCGGGGUGUUUAGAAAAAGCCAACUAAAUACAGUGUUAAAAGAUUCCCCAGUCAGACAUGGUAAAAUAAUUGACAGAAUUCCCUGUAAUCCUGCUUUGAACAUGGCCAAACUUAACUGAAUUACCAGUACUUAAUAUUUGUUGACAUCCCCACUGCCAGCUCCAAGCAUACUGCCAUAUAAGAGGAUCAACAUAUGUUCAGUGUUAAGUCCCAGGUCUUCAUCUACCCCAGUGUUAAAAGGUUGUGGAUUUGGGGGAGGGUUAUGUAUUGAGGUCAAGCGGUUUUAGAACCCGUAGUUUGACCCAAAAAAACUGACUUGCUGUGCCCGUCUGCCUGCCUGAUGUGCCUUGCUGCCAGGAAGAGGGAGCCAUGUUGUCUUGAGUAGACAGAAUGAACAUAGAGGUGCUACAGCAGUCCCUCUCCCCUUCAGGUGCACAAAAAAGCACUGUCUAUAGACUUGUAAAAGUAAGUAAAAUAAAUAUUUCUUGCAGAUAUUUCUUGUGUUGUUCGAAGUCAGCAUAUUAAAAAAUAGGACAGUUCUGCAAAUUAGUACUGUCUACAUCAAGUAUAUUGUUUGUAUGAGAAGGAGUGUAGUCUAGCACUGCCAGGCCUUAAUAAAGUCUCCUGAUAUAGUAGACUUUCUGCUCUUAAAAAACACAACCUAACCUCUUGUGUUCUAUAAUUUCAUUGCAGAGUACAGUCAGUAGUGCAGUCGUUUACAGUAGGCAUUACAGCAGUACAACAAAAAACUCAGGUGGCUACUUGUGUUAUACUCUGCUUCUAACUGUGGCAUAGAAAAUACAUUUAUCAUCACUGUACUUGAAGCUCUCUUGACAUCAGUAUGUAGCAGCAACAUCUGCAUCAUAGGUCAUGAAAUAAAAUAUCUUACGAUAUCGAAAAUAGUGUUAUGUGGUGUUAAAUCUGUCAGCGUUAAAGGGUUUGAGGGAUGUAUUGAACACAUUCACAAGUCUAAUGCUAAUUAAAUAACAACACAUAUCUUACAUCGAAAUGAGAUACAGUAUUAGCCACGGGGCAUAGUGAUGUUGAAUAAAAACACUAAAUUAAUUGUAUUUAUUUCAGUGGUUAAUGCACAAAAAACAUCUUGCCGUAUGUUUUGGUUUCUUAUUGUCUGACAUCAUGUGUAUAUAUUGUAGAAUCGCCAGUUACUGCAUCAUGAUCAACGAUUACAGCACAGUGCUUAUACAUUUUUUGUCAAUUUUUGUACAGUUGCAUCUUCUUCUUGGAUGUGCACACACUCAUAAGGAAGCAUUUUUCAAUGUUUGAGCUUAGCAGCGAUUUCAUUUGCACUUUAGCAGUCGGACUACUUUAUAAUGAUUGUUUAUAUUGUGUGUGGCUCUCUGUAAAUAUACUGUAUGUGUUAGGAAGUGUAUGGUAUUUAGUUAUGUUUCUCUUAAUCCUGUUUCAUCUGUGUUUUUCUUGCAUUGUUACUAUGUUGAAUGCCACUAUAUUGCUUAACAGUAAACAGAAGUGAGAAGCGACAACGCUUGAGUGUGUGUGAGAGUCACACAAGAGAUGACCUUUACUGUUUUUCUAUCAUGUCCUCUCUUCUCCUGAUGUAAUAAUAUGAGUGACACUUUGACACGCUUUGAGAAAGGAAAUAAAGUUGUACAUCUUUUAAAGGAAUGUGUGACUUGAAUUA